AUGUCGAUGUUCAAGAGCUACUUUGGCCUUGGGGCUACUGAGGCCCCCGUUUAUGAUUCCCCACCUCGCCUUCUUCCUGCCUCCUGGUAUUCCUCAAAAGACACGUAUGAGCUCGAGCGACGUGCCGUCUUUAGCCGUAAAUGGCUGCUUACCACACACAAGUUGCGCUUUCCCAAGACUGGCGACUGGCUCAAGUUCAACAUUGCAGGAUAUGCGUUCAUCCUGGUGAGAGACCGUGACGGAAAUGUGAAUGCCUUCCACAAUAUCUGCCGUCACCGAGCAUUCCCGGUGGUCACUGAAGAUGGUGGCAGCGCUCGCAUCUUCUCCUGUCAAUACCACGGAUGGUCAUAUGGUCUCAAUGGAAAGCUAGCCAAGGCUCCCCACUACCAAGAACUGGAUGGAUUUGACAAGAACCAGAACGGCCUCUUCCCCAUCCACGUUCAUGUUGACACCAAUGGUUUUGUUUGGCUCAAUCUGGAUGCGGAUGAUAAGCCUGCGAACUCGUGGAAGAGGGACUUUGAUGGAAUUGAUCUAAAGCCCCGCUUCGAUGGCUUCGAUUUUGAAGAGUACGACUUCGAUUCCGGCUGGGAGUCGGUUGGGGAAUACAACUGGAAGACCAUUGCAGACAACUACAACGAGAACCACCAGCAUCACACCGAUAACGCCGGUCCCUUCACUAUUAACACGCACGGAUCGAUUCCUCAGAUUGCCAAGGCUCUCCGCAAUGCCAGCAAUUACUAUUUCCCCAACGCGUACAUGACUGUUUCACCCUACGCGUUUUUCAUGCAGCGAUUUGUUCCCACCGGGCCUACCACGACUGCCGUGCGUUAUGAGAUCUAUCGUCACAAGGAUACGAGUGAUGAAGAUUUCGAACACACCCAUGAGGCGUACAAACUUAUGGUUUCUGAAGACGAGGGCGUCUACAAUGAAACCCAAAAGAACAUCACCAACCGGGUGUCAACAGAUGGAGAGCUCCGGCCUCGCAAUGAGAAUAGCCCAAUUUACUUCCAAUCCAUCGUUCGCGAUCUGGUUGAGCAGCACGAGGAAAUCGAGAAACAAUCGCAAGGGGAGGUCUGGCCUGCCCGGCAACGACUCCCCCAAGAGGCAGCGGUCAGCAAAGAUGACAUGGACUUCUGCUCCAAAUUGACCGAAGAGGGUGGUGGUUGCUGUGGAGGCAAGGCGUGUGGCGCUGGACCUGCACCCGGACCAGCAACCGCUCCAGAGAUCAUGGUCUCCUGA